AUGAAGCGGAAUCGCACCAACUUUGAGGCCAAUGGCGAUGCGUCGUCCGCUUCCCCGCAAGGAGACAUUACUCCAGAGGAUUCGCGGGCCCCAAACCAUGUCCCGAAGAUCUCGCGGAGGAUACGCGCAUGUACUGAAUGCAAGCGACACAAAGUACGAUGCGACAUGAAGGCGGGAGAGGCGACCUGUUCGCGAUGUCGGCGCAUGGGGCUGGAAUGCAUUGUCAACAAGAGUCUUCAGACGCUCCUGGAAGAUGAAGCGGAGUGGAAGACUGUGAUCGAGCUGGCAAUGACUGAUCUGUUGAGGAAGGCUCAUCUUCCGGAGCUAUCAUAUUACCAGGUCGGCGGUGGAACGAUCGAGACGCCUUCGAAGAAACGGGGCCGUAAAGGGUCAACAGCUUCGGUGGAUGAUACUCUUGCUAUGGGGCACCAAAGAAUCAAUUCAGUGGACAAUACUGCGGGAAGAGCAACUGGAUCGAGCUCGUCAAGCUACACAUUCUCGCAGCGACAACCGCACUUUUCAAUUGACCACGAGGAGACAAGUGCUACGUCGUUGGUCACGGCCCCCAUGGGGAGUUUAUACGAGGUGACACAGCUUAGUGAGAACCGCGAGGGCUCUCGUGGACAACAGCCGCCGGACCAGGCAUUGGUGACUGAUUUCAUAUCCCGCGGAGUGGUGGACUUACAAGAAGCGGAGGAGUUGUUCUAUCACUUUGAUCAAGUGCUUAACCGUUACCUUUGGGACGGAGCAUUGCUGGCACAUAAAGAUUUGACAUCGGCUCGACGGUCAUCGUCAAUGCUGUGCGCUGCUAUCAUGGCUGUAACGGCGUUGCAUUUGCCUACUAAAGAGCGCACAUUUGACACUUGCUAUACUGAAUUUGCAAAACUCGCGUCUGAGUCUAUGCUCGGACACCAUCACACCAUGGACGAUGUUCGAGCUCUAUGUAUCGGUGCUUUCUGGCUGGCAGACGUGAGCUGGAAGCUUUCUGGAUACGCGGUUCGCAUCGCCACCGAACUCAACUUGCAUCAAUUUUACCGCAAAGCCUUGGCGGGAUCUCCUGAACAUAGGGAACAGGCCACUCUGUGGUAUCUACUCUAUACCCUUGAGCAUCACUUCUCCAUCGCAUAUGGCCGACCACCGAUCCUUCACGAGGAUCUCGCAAUAACCAACCACCAUACCUUUACACAGUCGCCAAACGUGUCCCAGGGAGACCUAAGACUACAUAGUCAAGUUGACCUCUUCAUAAUUCUCAGCCGAAUCUAUUUUGCAUUCGGCCCCGAUGUCGACCUCGAAGUACCAGAGAGCGAGUUUCCCAAGAUUGACCAGUAUGACCUGGAUUUGGAUGAUUGGAAAUCAGCAUGGCUACCAAGACUCGUUGGGAGUCGUCACGUCGGUGCAUAUCCCUACAAAGCCCUUAAUUCAGUCGCCUUGCGUACUUACCACUCUUCCACUUCAUCACGAGUUAUGUCACCGGAACGCAGGAAGCGGGCCAACAUUGCCAUCGAGUCGGCCAUUGCCACUUUGCAGGUCUGUCUAGAUGAGCGUGACAUUCAACGGGCGCUGGUUGGCGUGCCGCUGUACCUCCACAGCAUGAUCACUUUUGCAGCAGUCUUCUUGUUGAAGAUCGCAGCCAAAUCAUGCUCCACCGGGUCACAUCUGGGCCUUAGUCAACACAUCUCAAUCGCCUCAGCUGGUUUGCUUGUUGACGUCAGAUAUGUUCGGAGCCUUGUUGGUCGGACUGUUGAGAUGAUGGUGGAAUGCAGCCAGCGUGCAAGCGAGCGUCAUUUAAGCCAUCACAUCGCACGCGGUCUUCGGAAGAUGCUCACUGGACUCGAGGAGUGGGAAAAGCGGAAUGGCAACCCACAGUCUAUGGCCUCGACUCCGCGAGAGACACCUUCCUUGUUCAAGCCGGUCAUCAUCCCCGGAGCGCAGAUGUUAGGCGAACGGGACACCAUCGUGAACCACCCUCCGCCAUUACUGGGAAGGGCACCAUUGUCCGCAGAGCGCAGUAAUGGAUUCGAGCCCAUCGGCAAACCAGAGACAGGCCUUUCAGAGGGUUCAAUGGAUCCGAUGAUGGCGGAUCUGUGGGGCUUCGACGAAGACUAUUUCCCCACAGGCGUAUUUGACUUCCUACAAAGCCAGAUGCCGGCGUAA